AUGGUCCGAAAGCACUUCGGCCGUGAGCGGCGCGACGAGCGAGAGGAUCGGCGCCGGUUUCGCUGCAGUCGCAGCCGCGAGUGGGGCGGCCGGGGCGGCCGGCACUCGCGCGAGCGCGCGCGAGAGCGCGAGCGCGAGCGAUGGUCGGGGGAGGAGAAGGAUGAGCGCAGCUGGAAGGAUAAGUGGGAGCAAUUCCUGGCCUCGGAGAUGACGGAGCUCGCCCGCGAGGACCAGAGGAGCCCAAGGGACGCAGAGAGAAGGCCGCCGGAGCCACCGGCCACGUGGCGCGAGCUGGGAAGGAUGCCGCCUGCCGAGCCUCCAAGUCCUCCUUGGCGGCACAGCAGGCGGCAACGGUCGGUGCCCCGAGGGGCAGAGGCGAAGCCAAGCACACGAGAGGCAGGGCCGGUGAUUCGGGAGUCGACGAUCCGCCGGGCGAUGGCCGAGAGGCCCUUUCGCAGAGCCAACGGAAAGCCGCUGCCGCAGCCGAAACCUCUCAGCGAGGCGGCGCCAAAGCCAAAGCCCAGGCUCCGGCCUGCGGUGAAGCGGGCGCGGCCGCCCUCGCCGCCCUCGCCGCGCUCGCCGCUCUCGCCGGAGGCAGAGGCAGCAAGGAGUCCCCCAGAUGGGCUCGCGGACGACGAGGACGUGUGGGGCCUGCUGGCGCCGGCCAGCCCGGAGCCGGAGGCGGAUGUGGACCUGGAGGGCGAUCCAGACUUAUCUCCGGAGCAUGCGGAAGCUCCGCCGAACGAGGAGGCGGAGGCGGACCUGGAGGGCGAUCCAGACGCACCUCCGGAGCAUGCGGAAGCUCCGCCGAACGAGGAGGCGGAAGCGGACCUGGAGGGCGAUCCAGACGCAUCUCCGGAGCAUGCGGAAGCUCCGCCGAACGAGGAGGCGGAUGUGGACCUGGAGGGCGAUCCAGACGCAUCUCCGGAGCAUGCGGAAGCUCCGCCGAACGAGGAGGAGCCCUGGGAGAAUGGUGCAGACUGGCACUUGUCGGCGCGCUCCGGCGAGAGAGCUAUGCAGCAGACGUGGCCGAACCGGCCCACCCGGCUGACGCGGCCGACUCAGACGACGCGGCCAAUGUGGCGGCCGACGCGGCCGACGCGGCCGACGCGGCCGACGAGGCAGCGGCCGCGGCCGACGUGUGCGACGCGGACGCGGUGGGUGAUGCGGGCGCCGCGGAUGUUGCCAACGCGGCUGAAGGCCCAGGCGAAGUGCAAGCAGAAGGCGAAGUGCCGGAGCCGGAGGCAUCCAAGGCGGAGGCGAGCGACGACGACUGGGGCGGAUGGAGCUCGGGAGGCUUCACGGCCUCUGCGGAGGCUCCAGGUGGACGGCCCCUGGGCUACGGAGGUGGCAGCUACUGGCGCGAGCGCGGGGCCCCCGCAAAGUGGCGAGAGCGCAGCCGGAGUCGCAGCGCAAGGCCAGAUGAGACCCCGGACUACUGGCAGCUGA